GUAAGGACUUCCGGUGAAGCUCUCAAAGUGUUAGCAUAUCGUUUCGCACUAGUGCGAUAAAAUUUUGUGUAUUUCUGUUCGCGGAAAAAAAAUUUUUUUCUCGUCCUAGAGUGAAUCCGUGUGGCGACGCCGCGAAACAUCAUCGGGAGUCAAUGUAAAAGAAUUUACAAUCGAAAAAUAUAAAAUACUCGAAAAUAAUAAUACAACCAAACAUAACCUACAAGAAAAUAAAUGAACAAUACAUGUGCAAAAAACACAAUCGAAUUAAAACACAAAAUUAAAUUAUAAUCUAACAAUACAAAGGCAAGAUGGGCCAUCACUGGCCUUAGCCUGUCACGUUAGUGACACAGCAAAUAAAAAAAAAAAAAACUGUUUGUAAAUGGAACGGCGCGACGAUGUAUGCGAGUUUUGCCGAAAUACGCAAGUUAGGCUGCAUUAGGCGAUACUGCAGCGCAUCGGAAAUAUUCCCACACAGCACAGUUCGACGUUUGAAAGUAGAACCUGAUAAGACUCCCGUGUAUGAUGAAUCUGCUACUGCACAACCCAAAAGUACCCGGUUAAACGAAAUGAAUAUACAGCUACUGUCAAGAGGUCUGUAUGAACAAGUUUUCCGCAGCACAAAUCGCACUAAAUCACAAUUGAAUGAAAGUCAGAUAGACUGCCUUCGGAAGGAACUCGCUCGACAUGGAAUUCCUUUGUCGAAUCCUGACAUACUGCCGGAGGUGAUGUUUCAGUUGCCAAAGCUCAAAGGUACGAAUAUUGAAGAGCACUUUUUUCAAAUCGCUCAACAACAGAGUCAAACGUACCAAGAACUACUGGAAUCUUUGGUGAUUUCGUCAAUACCGACCCUCCCAGAUCAAUGGUCAGAGACUCCUGUUUGGACAUGCUACGAUCCUGAACGAGGUCCAAUUUCUGUUCCUUAUCCAGACGAAGAUGCCUACGUGUUCGACGUGGAAGUAUGCGUCACUGCCGGGGCUGCACCGGUCAUGGCUACUGCCUUGAGUCCCUCACGUUGGUUUUCCUGGACUAGCCCGAAUCUGAUAAAUAAUGUUCCUUUCGGUGGUGGUCACCGUUAUCAGCUAAGUGAACUGAUUCCAAUGGAAUCUAGUCCCAAGGAUAAACCAUCCGAUGGAAAGUUUCGACAACCGAAAAUCGUAGUCGGUCACAAUGUUUCGUACGAUCGGGCACGUAUUCGAGAGCAGUAUUGGCUUGAAAACACCGGAAUGCGAUUUGUAGAUACGAUGUCUCUUCACGUUUGCGUUAGUGGAGUUACCAGCUACCAACGAGCUAUGUUGAAAUCCAGCAAAGAGCUGCCAUUGGAAGAUCUUGCCUGGAGUAGCCAAAGCUCGUUGAAUAAUCUGGCGGAUGUUUAUCAGCUUUAUUGCGGCGGAAAACUUGAUAAGGAAAAGCGAGAUAUUUUUCUGCUUGGAUCGUUGAAUGAUGUUCGGGAGAAUUUUCAAAGUUUGAUGAACUACUGCGCUGGGGAUGUGAAAGCUACCAAACAGAUUCUGGAGAAAAUUCUACCGCUCUUCAAGGAACGUUUUCCACACCCAGCCACGUUUGCCGGUAUGCUGGAAAUCGGUAACGCCUACCUACCGGUCAACAGUAACUGGACGCGGUACAUUCAGGAAUCAGAUUUAUCCUACGAAGAUUUGGACAUCGAAGCGAAACAUUUACUGGCACAGAAAGCGGAUGCGGCUUGCCGGUUGAUGCAUGAUCAACAGUACCGUAGGGAUCUGUGGCUGUGGGAUCAGGACUGGACGGUACAGGAAUUGAAGAUGAAAGCGACCAAAGCGAAGAAAGUGCCAAAGAAAACAGUGGAAUUGGAGGUAACGGCUGAAAAUAAGACAACAGACGAAAAUGAGGAUGAUCCGUUGGCCGCAAAGUUUGCCCAUCUGUAUGAAGCUAAGGAUCUGUUACCGGUGAGAAGACCCUUACUACCGGGAUAUCCGGCCUGGUAUAGAAAUAUGUGCUCGAAACCAACCGCCGAAGAGUGGUCACCAGGUCCAACCAACAGGAUAAGUACAGGGAUGCAGAUAGCUCCCAAGCUACUGCGUCUGUGCUGGGAAGGUUAUCCGUUGCAUUUCAUUCGUGGCCAGGGUUGGGGUUUUCUGGUACCACACAAAUACCGCCGAGAUGACAUGGAAUCCGGAAGCAGCGAUGCGGGGCCCAUGAUCCCCCUCGAACAGCUGGUGGAAGUCUGUCCGGUGUUGGAAAUCAAUCCGAAAGCUUCCGCGGGAGAAAGUUCCGAAGCAUUGGGUAGCCUUUGGAAGGACGUAGAGGCGAACAUCAGCCGGAAGGACUACUAUCGGAAGCUGAAGCCCAACAAAACCGAUCGUGUCUACAAAGGUACCGGUAUUUGGUGUAAUUUGGAUCUGGAGGAUUGUUGCUACUUCCUGAAGUUACCUCAUAAAGACGGAAUAUCGCACCGGGUGGGUAAUCCAUUGUCGAAGGAUUUUCUGAACAAGUUCUCGGAGAAUGUUCUGGCCGGUGAUGGGAAGACGGCAGAACGAGUGGUGGAAAUUGCAAGAAUGUUGUCGUACUGGAGGAAUAACAGAGAUCGAAUUACUGGUCAGUUAGUGGUCUGGUUAGGGAAGGAAAACCUACCGAAGAAUUUGUGGCAAAACGAAAUGGAGUACGGAGCGAUCAUCCCGCAGGUUGUAGUGUGCGGCACGCUGACUCGAAGGGCAAUGGAACCAACGUGGAUGACGGCAAGUAAUGCUCAAAGAGAACGCAUUGGUUCAGAGCUGCGGGCGAUGGUGCAAGCACCUAAAGGUUAUCGGAUGAUAGGUGCCGAUGUGGAUAGUCAGGAAUUGUGGAUCGCUUCAGUACUGGGUGAUUGUCAUGUAGGACGCAUUCAUGGAGCAACGCCGUUAGGAUGGAUGACACUCAGUGGGACGAAAGCUACGAAAACCGAUUUGCAUAGCAUGACGGCACAGGCCGUCGGGAUCUCGCGCGAUCACGCCAAAGUUAUUAACUACGCCAGAAUCUACGGGGCAGGUCAGAACUUUGCCGAACGUUUGCUACAACAGUUCAAUCCCACAUUUUCGGCGGCGGAAGCUCGUUCCAAAGCCAUCAAGAUGUUUACCCUAACCAAGGGAAAAAAAUACUUCUACCUCAGGGAAGAGUUUCGCGACGAAUUUCCUCACAAAGGGUACUCUUCGUACGAGGCCCUAAAAAUAGCCAAACUAUGCAAUAAAUCAGUAAACGAAAUGUUCGAAUCAGCCUGCUGGCAGGGUGGAACCGAAAGUGCCAUGUUCAACAAGUUAGAGCAGAUAGCCGGUUCGGAAAUGCCCGUCACUCCGUUUCUUGGUUGCCGGCUCAGUCGGGCACUGGAACCACAGGAAGGGACGGAGGAUCGCUUUCUACCCACUCGUAUCAAUUGGGUUGUACAAAGUGGUGCGGUUGAUUUCCUUCAUCUGAUGUUGGUUUCCAUGCGAUGGCUAAUGGGUGAUCGUGUGCGAUUUAGUUUAAGCUUCCACGACGAAGUUCGAUACCUGGUGGAGGACCGGUAUGCUUAUCGAGCUUCUCUUGCCAUGCACGCGACCAAUUUACUGACACGAGCGUUUUGCGUUUCUAGAAUUGGUUUCAACGAUCUGCCACAAUCCGUAGCUUUCUUUUCGACGGUUGAGGUGGAUACUGUUCUGCGGAAGGAAUCUCAACUGGACUGUAAAACUCCCUCCAAUCCUCACGGACUAGCCGUCGGUUACGGUAUUCCAAAUGGGGAAUCUUUAAACAUAUAUGAGCUGCUUGAAAAACUGGGACCGAUCGAGUCAGACAUGUCUAGCUGGGAAUGGCACCGAGAACAAUCACCGAAGAAGGAAAAACGAAACGUUAAAAAGAUUAAAAUAAAAGCACCAUAAACAAUC